AUGAAGGUCUAUAAGACUGCCUUAAAGCCUGUCCUCUUAUAUGGGACAGUGAGAAGGAAGGAGGAGAAUUUGCUGGAGAGGACGGAGAUGCGAAUGGUUCGAUGGAUAGCAGGGAUCUCACUGAGAGAAAGAAGAGAGAGUGCCGACAUUCGCAGAAUGGCAGGAAUAUGCUGUAUAAGGGAGAAGGCUCGCGAAGCCCGUUUGAGAUAUAUCGGCCAUGUGAAAAGAGGAGCUGAAGAAGAUCCGGUUAGAAGAGCAAUGGAAAUGGAGAUGAGAGGCAGGCGGAGUGUAGGAAGGCAAAGGAAGAGGUGGAAAGAUACUGUCAAAAAUAUGCACUGUAAAAGAAGAAACUCAAGAUCAGGAAGUCAGUAG